AAUUUGGGCUGUUUGUGUGACUCUCCUAGAAAACAUCUGAGCUCCACUUCUGCCUUUUUUCCUUCAUUCCUGAAGAUCUGGAAACAACCAAACACAGACUGAAGUUUAUUCUGUGAAUAUGAAGUGUAGGAAUGUGUUGUUUUCUCUGCUUUUCACACUGCUGAUCAUUCAUUUUGGCAUGUGCCAAAAGGAUGAACCUGAAGUGAAGAGCAAAGCUGAGAAGAAACCCAAUGUGAAGCCCAAACAUGCAAAAGCACCAAGAAAACCUGUCACUGCCAAACCUAAAGAGAAAAGCACUCCUGAAAACCCAAAAGAAGAGCAGACAUCCCUCACUCGGGUGCUGCAGAAGGGAAAGUUCAGGAAAGUUGGAGAAACUCUGACGGUUGGAGCUGCAGAAACACUGGAGCUCAGGUGUAAAGGAAACCCUGUGCAGUGGACUGUUCCUGAAUAUCUGCAAGAAGACCAUGAAGGAAGACUGAGGAUGGUUCAGCAUGAGCGUUACGGUACGCUGAUUGUGGCCAAUUCAACAGCAGCAGAUACUGGAGAAUACACCUGCUUCCCUGUGUACUGCGAGGAGAAAGACUGCAGGAAGAUAUAUGACAAGGCCGUCAAAGUCUACAUCUUUUUCUCAGACCCUCAGGAGUUGUUUGUACCAUCCUCUGAUUAUUACGAGGUCCUUCAGCUCCGCACAAAUUGGCCGGCCAUCCUGCCCUGUCGGGUGACGUCCCCGCUAGCCACAGUGACUCUACACCGUGAGUUUUCUCCAGCAGAAGUGGAGGUGGAUGGACGAGAAAUCUCCUUUAACGUGCAGAAGGGCUUCACCAUCCACAGACCCCAGCAGCACCACUCCGGCUCGCUCUACUGUGUGGCCAGUCUGGGAAACCUGCGGCAGAGCUCCACCAAAUACAUGCUCAUCUACGUCAACUAUCCUGCUGCUCCUCCGUCUCCUGCGCUGCAGGCAUCCUCUGAGUCUGUAGCAGUGGGACAGAACCUCCAGGUGUCCUGCACUGUGAUCGGGGAGCAGGACGUGCUGGUGGAGUUUACCUGGGAAUAUCCUGGACAUAAGAUUGGACGUCCGCUGUACACGCAGGACAGUGUGCAGACAGUGCAGCUGGACGGACAGAAUCGGCAGCGAACGCAGUCGGUGCUGCUGGUGGACGAGAUCCGAGAGGUGGAUCAGGGCAUUUACACCUGCACAGCACAAAACCUGCAAGGAUCCAGAUCUGCUUCCACCUCCGUCAAAGUGCAGAACACACAGACCUCCAACAGACCAAAGAAAGCCCAUCAGAGAAGACCAGCAGAACCCUGAAAGCACACAUAACACGCUCCAGUAAACAUAAUGCACUGUUUUUCCCACUGUGUGCAGAAAUAAGCCAGAGUGGACAUUAGAUUACAAAGUAUGUGCACUGAUCCUGUGGUAAUAAAGUGUAAUACAUUCAUUUUC